AUGGCUGUUCAACUAACCAAUGGACAAUUUGAACGACUAAUUGCCAAAAUUGGUUCUACUACUACCUCAGCGAAGCCGACACAAGGGACGUUUACCACAUGUGAUUAUUUUUACAAUGGCCAUGUCAUUAUUUUUACAAACCGAAACGGUUUGGAGCAGAUCCCACUCUUGCUUAAAGAAGAAGCAUGUGUCUGGUGGCAAGCCGCCAGAAAAAAGGAAUCGGAGAUUCAGCAGCUACACAUGAUCUAUAGCCUGUUGUCCUCCAAGAUUCAGGACAAAGUUCCGAGCUGGGCCAUUUCUAAUUUAGAGGAGGUUUUGAAAGCACCACGCGCCACCGAACAUCUUUGUGAACGGAGGGAAGAAAUAAAGCCCGCACAAGAAUCCAAAAGCGACGUUCCAGGAGUCACUAAAGCCCGCUCUGGCAAGAAAAGUCAUACUCAAGCUAAUGAAGCAUCGAGUCAAGCACCAUCGCCUUCAGGCCCAAAAUUUAACUGCUAUGGUGCACACCGAGAGUUGUUUGUAGUAAUUGCCCCAACUGCUACAAAAGUAAAUCACCCGUUGUCACUAAAUGCAACAAUUCAAUGGAACAGGUUAGAUUCUGUGCUGUGA